AUGGAGGCGGUGGUGUUCGUCUUCUCUCUCCUCGACUGUUGCGCGCUCAUCUUCCUUUCGGUGUACUUCAUAAUUACAUUGUCUGAUUUAGAAUGUGAUUACAUUAAUGCUAGAUCAUGUUGCUCAAAAUUAAACAAGUGGGUAAUUCCAGAAUUGGUUGGCCAUACUCUUGUCACUGUACUAAUGCUCAUUUCAUUGCACUGGUUCAUCUUCCUUCUGAACUUGCCUGUUGCCUCUUGGAAUAUAUAUCGGUACAUUAUGGUGCCCAGUGGUAACAUGGGAGUAUUUGAUCCAACAGAAAUACACAAUCGAGGGCAGCUGAAGUCGCACAUGAAAGAAGCCAUGAUCAAACUCGGCUUCCACCUCCUCUGUUUCUUCAUGUAUCUUUACAGUAUGAUUUUAGCUUUGAUAAAUGACUGA